AUGAAGCUCUCUGCAGAUGUGCUUGAGAUCAUUGCUUGUGCCAUGCUAAUCCUUGUCAGCUUUGUGGGAAACACUUGUUUAUUUUAUUCUACAAGGAAGUGCAUCUCUGGAUGUUUGAAGACAUCAUUUCUUCUCAUUUUCAGUCUUGUAUUUGUCCACCUUAUAAAAAACUUGGUGGUCAAUGUCAUGAAAAUUGUGUAUUCUUCUGGUGUCGUGCUGGAUUCAGCUGGUUGCAAAGUUCUGCACUUCACUGCAGCCCUGACAACUUCACUGGCCAUCUGGUUCCUGUUACACUUUGCAUUGUUCUACCACCGGAAGCUCUACCACAUUGUCUACUGCUCCAGUGAGGCUGCAAACCUGGACCAACAGAAACAUUCCCUGAAGCGGGUCUCUGCACUUUGGGUGGCUGGUGUGGCAGUGUACAUCCCAGUUUUAAUUUAUACUAGAAAAUCAGAAUACCUGAACACAGGAAACUAUACAGACUCCUUGUCUACUAACAGGAUUUACAUGGAUUGCUUAAUUGGCUUUGGAAACAAGCAGGUAGAGUUUUACUAUGGGAAAAUAUUUUUAGUUCUGAUUGAUAUUCUUCCCUUAGCUAUCUUAGUCUUUGUCUGUUUCUGGAUGUCUUUCCUCCUCUCAGAGAAAAAGAAGAUGACAUAUGGUGACAUCUGGAUUGGAGAUGAUGAUUCAGAAACUGAAAUUCUUAGAGGGGCCAAGUUCAGUAUUUUAUUAAUGUUGCUGAUCACUCCACUUUGGAUUUCUCACUUUAUCUUAGUCUAUUUCUUGAAAGACUUGGCAGCCUAUGUCUUUAUUCCAGCUGUUCUCACAGCCCUCUCUUCAGGCUUCUCUGCUCUCAGUCCUUUCCUGCUUAUGUUGGUUAAUUAUAAAAUGAAGUUGGUGUCUUUCUGUAAUGCCAAGGAGGAAACACCCGCACCACAGUCUGUGAAUGUUACUCUUUCUCCAUAUGCUUAA